AUGCUGAGCCGCCUGCAGGAGCUGCGCAAGGAGGAGGAGACGCUGCUGCGGGUGAAGGCGGCGCUGCACGAUCAGCUCACCCGCCUCAAGGUGGAAGAGCUGGCGCUCCAGUCGAUGAUCAGGUCCAGAGAGGAGAACGCAGCAGCCUCUUCGCCGGCUGUUGCAGAGCAGACUGGCACGAGUCUUGGGCAGAUGGACAACGAGGCUGCUAUCAAUCAAACUGAAUUACACCUAAGUCUUCAAGAUCAUGAAGAGGAGGAGGAAGAGGAAGAAUCCGAUUCUUGAGAGGAAAAAAAUCAGAGAUGGUUUUUAAUACAGACUCAGGAAUUUCUUCUUCGUUCAUAUAAAAUUGACCAACUGAUUUUCAUUUUGUCCUGUAUAUGGGUAUGAACUACAAGAUAUGCUAGACUCUUGGCAUCUAGGGAAGUUAUACUUGAACACGAAUGUCACAAGCUCGGCACAUCUUGACUUAGAUGUUAAAAGAAUGAAAAUUUGCUGCACAAAUAUGUAGCAUAAUCUGUUCCACAUUUAAAGCCUAAUGUAGCUUACUACAUCUUUAUAUGUGGAUGGGAGAAGUCAUUAAUCAAGUCAGACUAAUUUAACAUGUACACUAAAAGCAAUAAUUUGUCUGUACUUACUGUCUGAUGCUGAAAAAUAAAACCAGGCCGUGGAGCCUGGUUGCUGAACCAAUGAUUGUAUUACAACCUCACUUGCUUAAACUGGGCAUUUUAAACUACGUAGUGAGAAAAGCCAUGUCCAGGACUGUCUCCCGGCUUUCAGCUCCUGUGUUCUCAGUUGCAUGGAAAACCGGACUUGCGCUCUGUGUAAAUCAGCUAAAGAUGUGAGUGUUCUUACACUGGGAGCAGCAGGUACUGCACCGUCAGCCUAAUUUUGAGCACGAUAACAAGGUGGCAUCUGUACCUACUGGUGCUUUUGUCAGUCCGACUGUAACAGCAAAGUAUUUUAUACUUCUUGCUCUUUUUGAGUAGCAGCCAAUUAGCCUUCUGUUUGUCCACAAAUUGUAUGGUAAGAAUUAGUCCGUGUUACUUGUAAUAAGGAACUAGUAUUUUUAAAUUACUGUUAUUUUCUUUUUCCCCUCACAGUAACUUCAUAAAUCAAUGCAAGUCCACCUUCUGCUUUCAGGUGAACUUCAAUGAGUAUGAGGAAUUUCACAACUUAGUUAUAAAACGGAAAGUGAUGUGAAGUCCCCUCCACAAUUUCUUUAAUGGUAUGGUUACCGACAGAGAGUAUGUUCUUUCUCCUCGUGGAGUGCAGACACCGUGUGGUGCAGCUGGUUAUUUUAUCAAUUCUUAGACUUGUUUUAAAGCACAGAAAUCCAAACUCUGUUAAGCUGAUUAAAAACAGACAAUAAAAGUAACAUUCUAAGUCAA